CCAAAAGAUAAUUGCACUCAUCACUGAUUGUACAUUGUCUGGCACUUGCUGAGAGACUGUACACAAUUGAUGCACAUGUAACUUCAAUUUGCCAGAGAACGAUAUCAUGUCUCAACAAGAACUGUUAAAACAUAUUCUCUCCAAUGACGACGUUCGCCAUAAAACAUCACUAUGUCAGUUGGCCACCAAACAUUUUGGAUUGUUUGAACGAUAUCCUCACAUGCUCUGUGACCUCUAUGCUAUUCUCAACUGGCUCCUAUGCCGCUUAGACAAACUAGAUCAGCUGGCACCCUUCUCCCAUCUCCAUGGGGACAAUCUCCAACUCUACAGUCAGAUAAUUCUCUCCUUUGUUCAGUUGUUGCAGAAAAAUGGUGUGGAGCCCGUGUUUUUCAUUCCACCUCCGCCAGGUUAUGAUUCAGAACAAUUACAAGCAAAGUUUGCUGAAUUUAAGCCCCUAAAUGUUAAAGAACGAGCUGUAGUUUCAUCCAUCCACCAGGUGUGUGCUGGUGUGAAAUGCUCAGUGAAACUGAAUGUCACUGAUUUUGCUGCACUGCAUGUCGAGAGUGUUUUGAACAAAGCAGGUGUAAAGAUGAUGCACCUAACUUCUGAGCUAGUGAAUGAAAUUAGGAGGUACUAUUGUGACCACGUCGAGGUGUGUGGUGUGCUAACCAACAAUGUUGACCUUCUGGUAGUGAAUGACUUGAAAGUGUGUCUCCUUGAGCUGCUGGAUGUCAGAAAAGUGCAAGGCAGUGAUCCCCCCUCCAUGGAACUAUCGUGCCAAUUUGUAACGUCAACCAUGCUUGCUUCAUCUCUCAAAAUAUCCGAGGCUCAACUCCCAGAUUUAGUGUUUCUUUGUGAAAACAUGCACCAAACUUGCUCUGUUUUGAGGCUGUGUGUCUCUGGCGUUGCUGCUAUUGCACAGUGGCUAAGAGAACGGAAAAAGUCAGUGCCCAACUCUAAAGAGCUCAAGAAAUGGUUCACCUUGUCUCGUUUGUGGCGCUACAAUGUUGAACUGUCGAAAACAACUCCUAAAGCUGCAAAAGAUGCAACAAUUAUCGGAUUUGUCCGUACUUGCAUCCAGAGAGGCACCAUGCUAUCUCAUUUGCUUGCCUUGGCUAAUGGACGAUUUUUGAGACCGGUUAUCUUCGAAUCACUGCAGUUACAAGGUCCUCGUUUUGUUCUGUUUACUCUAAGCAUACGGAAACAGCUAUACUCACUUCUGGGAGUGAAGAAAUUUGUAGAAUAUGGCUGCUCGUCUACAAGAAGCUUCGAUUCAACUUCUGGAAAGCUCAAACCUUGUUUGUCUGAAAAGAACGAACUUGUGUCUUUGACAAAGAAACCUCUGAAUUUCAAACUUUCGCUUCUCUUCGUGACUGUUCUUGGUCGGCAAUUGAAGCUAACAGACGAUUCUUUGCACUCUAACAUGUUGCAGUUAGAGAGCAUUGAGCAAGUUCAUAUCACUGCUGUUAUUGUUUGCUCUUGUUUGCUCUUCAUGUCGUGUCCCAACAAUGUCUACACACCAUCACCUGAGUUAGCCGUUUGCGAAUUGGAUGCUCUCUUCUUAACUUGUUUAGUGUCUCACACAGGGUCACCUGUCCCAACUCUCACAAGUUGUCCCAGUUCACGCUCCCUCACUGUCAACGCGUGGUUCACACACUUGCUGCACCACUCGCUACUGGUGUCCUCUUUGCUUCAACUCACUGAACUUCUACCAUCCCCAGGAGACAUCUUCUCAACCCUGGCAUUCCUCAAUUUUCAUAAAGUGUCUUACGUCCAAGAUGAAGGUGCCUUCGAUGAAACUACUGCCGAUAAAAAUGUUCCUGCUUCAGAGGGAGCUUCUGAAAUUACAGAACUGCCAAUUGUUGGUCAUGUGACAGGCAAAGACUCUGCUUCUCUGCCGAGUGUUGAUCAUGCAGUGGGGGAGGAGAACAUUUUGUUGUCAGCUGCUGUGGAGCAGUAUCGGAAAUUCAUGAGCCUGCCAUCAGUCUUAUGUCUCAGAGCUGAAAUCUUAAAUUGUGAAGAAGUGCCGACUCAGCUUACACCGUUUGUGAAAUUAUUUGUGGAAGCUGUCGAAGCUAUCAAGUCAGCUUCCCCUCCAAAUGACGGAAGGAAUGUCUCUACUAUCGAUACAAUUGCUAUCCAUGAUUUACUGCCACUUACAGAACCACCACAUUCUCUCCACUCGAGUUUUUCUUCACAGUCCUCUACCUCUCGGCUUGAAGUAUCGGAACACCAAGAUGCUAAAGAGUUAGAACAAGACUGGUACUCCUUCCAAGACAUACGGGAAGAGACGAUCGAUGGUGGUCAUUCAGACUGGACCGAGGAUAUUCUUGAGCGGUCAAGUCCAGAUGUGCCAAUAUCCUCUGAAAGAAUGGCCCCAAGUGCUAUUGCAACUACUCAACCAGAUGGUGCUGACCCAAAUAGAGGUGUUGUUCGUUCCUCUAGCCCAAAGAAGAAAAAACCUGCUAAUAAGAAGCAACAAUUUGUCAAAAGAACUACCACAGUUCCACUACCAAUUCUGGAGCACAAGAAACAGAUUCUUGAGCUCGUGAGCACACACCGAGUUGUGAUGAUUGAAGGAGAAACUGGUUGCGGCAAGUCGACUAAAGUCCCACAGUUCAUUCUCGAUUCGUGUCUGAGUGAGAAGAAGCAGUGUGUAAUCAUGGUGACCCAGCCUCGAAGAGUGGCAGCCAUUAAAUUGGCGGAGAGAGUGGCAGGAGAAAGAGGAGAGGAAGUGGGGAAGACGGUGGGAUUUUGUAUCGGAGGAGAGAGUCACCGGACCACCAAAACUGCUCUCACAUACUGCACUAUUGGAUACCUCCUGCAGAUGCUGUUGCACAAUCCAGAAAUGAUACAGACGUUCACGCACAUCAUUUUGGACGAAAUUCACGAGAGAAGUAUUUCGACCGAAUUUACUCUCUUGGUUAUCAGAAAGUUUGCUGUUGAAUACCCCGAGAUGAAGAUACUCCUCAUGUCUGCUACACUUCAGGGACCACUCUUUGUGAGCUAUUUCGAUCAAGUACUCCCUCACACAGUUAUAGCAAAGCCAUACUUUGUCGGUGCCACUCGUUUCAAAGUCGAGACGUAUUUUUUGGACAAUAUCACUCAGCUCACAGACAAGAUGACUGUCUGGCAUGACAAACAGCUGCAAGCCGCGUCUAAUCUCCAUACUCUAAUUUCAAGCAUGCCUAAGAAGAGUGCAUACGAUUUGAGGAAGACCAGGCCAGCUGUCACUGAGCUAGCUUUAAGUGUGUGCACUAUGUUGGUUGUUAAUCAGGGCAACAAAGGAGAAAGCAUCCUAAUUUUCUUGCCAGGGAUUGGAGAGAUAUUGUCAUAUCGAGAUCGCCUCCUGCACGAGUUACAGGACCGUGACAUUGGACACUACUACUCUUGCUUCGUCUUACAUUCACAGGUGCCGUUGGAGGAACAGACGGAAGUCUUUAGCGAUCCACCCCCCAAUAAAGUCCACAUUAUCUUGGCCACUAACAUUGCCGAGAGUUCUCUCACCCUACCAAAGUUACGUCUGGUCAUCAACUUUGGUCUCUAUCGGCAACUUCAAUACGAUAGUACGCGAGGGCUGUCUUGUCUGAGAAAGCUAUGGUGUUCUCAAGCAGCAUGUGCUCAGCGAACCGGAAGAGCAGGGCGUGUCUUUGAUGGUGCGAUUGUCCAUCUCUUCACCUUACGUUUUUUUCAAAUUGUUUUACCCGAGUACACCCCUCCAGAGAUUGUAACUGCCCCCCUCUCCAAGUUAGUGCUUCAGGCAAAAUCCAUUGCAACCAAACUAGGCAUGUCGACUCCCUCCGAAGUGCUCAGUCAAGCGCUCGAGCCUCCUUCUCUAGAACAAAUGGAGACAGCGCUCCAAGAUUUAGCGAACCUCGGAGCAAUAGUCAGUCACCCACAAAAGAGACUGGAAGAAACAGCCAGCAUGACAGUUCUCGGAGACUUUUGUCUCUCUCUCCCCAUGGAUGUUGACCUUUGUCGCCUUGUCCUCUACGGGAUUUAUUUCGGUGUAUCUACGGAAGCGAUUGUCAUAGCUGCUGAAUUAUCUCAAACGGUGGAUGUGUUUACUCUCCCCACAAGAUGCAUUAUUACUGAUAAGGAUGAAUUUCGUGCUGCCAUGGCGAGGAGUCUCGACACGAGAAUAAAGUACGAUGGUGGGCACUUCAGCGAUCACCUGAUGGUGUGUCAAAUGUUUCGAGAUUGGAUUGAUUGUCGCAACUCGAAUGCCCAGCGUUCAUACCCUUUUUCUAAGUAUGUGCUUGUCCGCAAUUUCUGUAAGGGUCGUGCCGUACGAUGUACACGUUUGUUCCUGCUGGAGACGUCUGUGGCACACAUUGCGUCUCGUUUGUUGGCAUGUGUUCCCAUGGAGUCGAAGAUCUACGAGAGCAUAGAAGCAUUAUCAACUCUGAACAGAUACAUUGAGCUCAGUGACUAUAUCCAACUGGAAAUUCAAUUUUGCAGUGACCCUGUUCUUGUGAAGUGUCUGUUAACUGCUUCCUUCUCACACCAAAUGAUUUUGGGACGACCUGAAAAUAUUAGUCAUUUCCCCCUUGUGCAAAAAGAUGCCAAAGCCGAGAUCAAAUUCAUGGAAGAAUGUGAAGUAGAUCCUGCAAACUGUGUUGUGAUGAGAAAUUUGCCUCAGAUCAAUUCACAAGACCUCCAUAAACUAAUAGACUGGCUGCUUCCCAGAACUCAUUAUGAGACUGAGAUCAAAGAUCGCAAAACAGCUUUUAUCAACUUUCCUGUGCUUGAACCAUGUGACUGUUGCCGGGAGACAUCUCAAGAACAAGCAACACAACCACAAUCAUGUGUUAAUUGUAACUUGCCCGACAAUUGGAAAGCCUUUGUACAAGAGAAGAGCGUCUUUUCUCGUAAGGUGCCUCGAGAUUUUUACACUCUCUGGCAAUUUGGUGAGAGACAGAAUUCUUGGAAUGUGGAUACUAUCAGUGCUUCUUUUUCAAGAGUGGAGCACCCCUUGUCAAUGAAUUGGGAGAAUCUAAGUCCGAGAAGAGAGAUGGUCGGCAUCAUGUCCUAUCGAAAUCCAUCAGCAUUCGCAUGUGAUUUCAACCAUAAGGAAAUACCAUACCUGGCAGUAGUGACAUCAUUGCAAGGAGGGGAACACGCAACUUUCAUCCAUGCCCGCAAGAUGACUAUCCUACCUAGUAUUGAGACAAGCCCAGUUGCUCUGUUGUGUGCUCUUGGAUUUCAGCCCCUCCGUUCUGACAUAGAACUGCAAGUAGAGAGAGAAACGUCUACCAUCACCGGGCUCAAGUUUAACUCCCAACGGAUACUCUUUGGUGCCCAUCAAGCAUUGACAGUGCAAGAUAUAAUCAGGUUAAACGUUCUACGUAAGGCUGUCUCAGAAGCGCUUACUUGCACUAAUUCUUCAGGCGUACUCCCCACCACACAGAUAAAUAAGAUUUCAUGUCUACUUAAAUCUGUGAUAUCUCGACAUCCGUUGCCUGUUGAUUCUUCUGCUCAGUGCCAAUCCCCACGACCCAUAGGCCCAAGUGUUGCCUGGGAACGACAGCAGCUGGAAGAUUGGACCAUUGACAGUGACUGUGACUCUGAAUUCGAUUGCGACUUAACAGAAAUGCCUGAUGCGGAAGUUGACCUCUCUUGUUUCAAGUUCUACCCAGAUCUCAGCUGUAGUUUGCUUGACUCUGUGACCUAUAGCGAGACUGAAGCACAGAAUGUGAUGAUCGAAGGAAACCUAACUCGAAGCAUCUUGCCAACUGUUGUUAACGACGCUCAUUGUUCUAAUUUGUCCCCUUUGGCCGAGCCUUUUGUUCCCGUAAGUUACAGUUCUGGUACCAGCGAUGACCUUGCAUUGAGCAUGCCUCCAGAGCUGCCCUUAGGCCCUGUACCAAGCAUACCUCCAGGACUGUCCUCAGGCCCUGUACCAAGCAUACCCCCAGGACUGUCCUCAGGCCCUGUACUUAGCAUACCUCCAGGGCUGCCCUCAGGCAACAAUGUCUACUUUCCACAAUCGGCCUAUGUGUAUCUUACCAUGCAAGGACUGAAUUUGGAUCUACCAAUGACUGUGACUGCAGGUGAAGCAGCACGGUACUUCGAGUUUGUGUCCGUUCAAUUAUUCAAACAUUGGUCUUUAAUUUCACAACUGACACGGAGUACCCAUGGAUCACUGCCUUCACACGGAUCACUGCCCUCGCAGGCUUCACACGGAUCACCAUCGUCCAAUGGGUCACCAGAAUCACAAGGAUCUGACAAAUCACAAGGAUCACCACCGUCACAAGGCUUACAUUCAUUACCUUGGAUGCAACGCUUUCGCCCUCCAGAAUCACAAGAGUCUGACCAAUCACAAGGAUCACCACCGUCACAAGGCUUACAUUCGUUACCUUGGAUGCAACGCUUUCGUCCUCCAGAAUCACAAGGGUCUCACCAAUCACCAGGAUCACCACCGUCACAAGGCUUACAUUCGUUGCAAAGUUUCCAAGGCACACAACCCUCUUUGGCAUCACACAGGUCACCAACCUCAAAUAUGCCUCACUCAGGAGCACGGUGGUGUUACGGGCCCCACCUAUCGCCACCACAGCAACAAAGGCCGCUGAGCCCCUCAAAAAACUGUGGUCGUAGACCACUUCUGCAUCCUCCCUCCCAACCAUACAGCCGAUAUCUCAGGUACUGUGAAGAAAUGCUCAGGUAUCACCCAAGAGCCGGGUCAUUCCCCAUGGAAACAGGCCAACGCCCUAGAUACAGGAACUUUGAGAAGUCCAAUCGUUAUUACCCAGGUCAACAAAUGGGAUACCCACGACAAGCUUCAUACGCUUGGAGACCCGAGUUCAGAGGCAUGAGACAAGGGUACCAACAACACCAACUACCUUCGAAGCAAAUGAGCUAUCCACAAUUCGCAACUACACACCGGAGGCAUUAUAGCGAUCCACUACUGUCUCAAGAGACCCAUCCAGAGACUCCACAAGAGGCACACCCUCACACUCUACUGGAAGAACCAGAGCCACAUUCUCACACUCUACUGGAAGAGUCGGAGCCCUCACAAGAGGCACACCCUCACACUUUACUGGAAGAGUCGGAGCCCUCACAAGAGGCACACCCUCACACUCCACUGGAAGAAUCGGAGCCCCUACAAGAGGCACACCCUCACACUCUACUGGAAGAGUCAGAGCCCUCACAAGAGGCACACCCUCACACUCUACUGGAAGAGUCGGAGCCCUCACAAGAGGCACACCCUUACACUCUACUGGAAGAGUCGGAGCCCUCACAAGAGGCACACCCUCACACUCCACUGGAACAGUCGGAGCCCUCACAAGAGGCACACCCUCACACUCCACUGGAACAGUCGGAGCCCUCACAAGAGGCACACCCUCACACUCCACUGGAAGAAUCGGAGCCCUCACAGGAGGCACACCCUCACACUCCACUGGAAGAGUCGGAGCCCUCACAAGAGGCACACCCUCACACUCCACUGGAAGAGUCGGAGCCCUCACAAGAGGCACACCCUCACACUCCACUGGAAGAGUCGGAGCCCUCACAAGAGGCACACCCUUACACUCCACUGGAACAGUCGGAGCCCUCACAAGAGUCACACCCUCACACUCCACUGGAACAGUCGGAGCCCUCACAAGAGGCACACCCUCACACGCCACUGGAACAGUCGGAGCCCUCACAAGAGGCACACCCUCACACUCCACUGGAACAGUCGGAGCCCUCACAAGAGGCACACCCUCACACUCCACUGGAACAGUCGGAGCCCUCACAAGAGGCACACCCUCACACUCCACUGGAACAGUCGGAGCCCUCACAAGAGGCACACCCUCACACUCAACUGGAAGAGUCGGAGCCCUCACAAGAGGCACACCCUCACACUCUAUGGGAGCAGUCGGAGUCCUCACAAGAGUCACACCCUCACACUCUACUGGAAGAGUCGGAGCCCUCACAAGAGGCACAACCUCACACUCUACUGGAGUCCUUACAAGAGGCACACCCUCACACUCCACUGGAAGAGUUGGAGCCCUCACAAGAGGCACACUCUCACACUUUACUGGAAGAGUCAGAGUCCUCACAAGAGGCACACCCUCACACUCCACUGGAAGAGUCGGAACACCCUCACACUCUACUGGGAGAGUUGGAGCCCUCACAAGAGGCACACCCCCACCCUCUACAAGACUCCGAGCCCUUACAAGAGGCACACCAUCACACUCUAUUGAAGUCAGAGCCAUCACAAGAAUCGCAAGAGGCAUCCCAUCACAUUCUUGAUGCUAGCACCUUGGUGACACCUGAUUCUGGAGAGAUUGCUUCACAAGAGUCACACGUAUCACAAGAAGGCCUUGUUCUCUUAGAGCCAGAGACUCAACAUUUAAGCAAUUCUCCCGUUGAGUCCACCCUCACUCCUAUGAAAGAGACACCUGAUGGCUACUGGAAAACCAUGGAACAAUCUUAUCCCGAAGAAACAGCUGCUGCCAAAAAACGCAGAAAGAAAAAAGAAAGAAAGAUUGCUGCUAGAAGUGGGCGGAAAUCAAAGGAGUUUGAGCAAUCUCCACCCCAAGUACCACCCCCCAGGAUCUUCCCAAAUACGGUGCUUAGGUUUGAGUCCCCCAGGGUAUGUACGCACCCGCCAUCUAGUGGAGUGGUCCCAUCAUCAAUUCGAGCACAAAAUGCUUCAAGAAUGCUGUUACCCCGCCGGCCUGUUCAGUGCGCUCGGUACAACACUCCCCCGAUCUACCAAAACCUUGUUCCCCCUCUCCCCAUGCCUCUAGGCGGGGGGGCAAUCACGGAGUCGUCACAUUUGCCCGAGGCUUUUGUUUAUCUGUCGUGGAAAGGACAAGUACAACCUGCUCCAAGUCAAGCAAGGAGAGUCAAACUUCCUUCUACGACUUUUCCAGAGUUUUAUUACGGUAUCACGAAUAAGAUGCUGGUGGGAUAUUUUGCUCCUGUUCUCUACUGGUUCUACGAGAAAGCUGCAAUUAAUAUCCUUUGCUCCUACUUUUAUUAUCGUUUUUUGGAGAGCUGUAGUGUGGCAGUUAAUAUGUGGGCUCCUCUCGAUCCACGGUUCUUUUCUGAGAGAAACCACCAUAUAUUUAGAGUGUUUUCUGAUGACAGCGCCAAAAAAUGGGUUUCUCUGACUCUUGAAGGAAUGGAAAAAUGCACCAAGAUUCUGAAGUCCUGUAAAAUUCAACCUGCAUGUGCUACGAAGGAGGAAGCUGCAGUUACAAGUAGCUUGUCCGGCUCACGUGACUUGCCUACUGUUACAAGUGAGAAACACACCUCUAUGUGUGAGAAUUCCGCUCAGCAAGAUGGAGAGCAGCAAAAGAGCGGUGAAGCUAACUCUUCACAGUCCUCCCCUCUCAGAAGAAUAAGUGAUGACUCCCUAGCGUAUAUCGAGCACAAAGAACUGUGUGUGGGUAAUUCAGCACACUGUGAAGAUCUCAGUGGAGAAGUUGAAACUGCUAAUGCUAAAAAUUGGCAGGCUACAACUGAGAGAAAAGUGAUAGCACAAUUUGUAGCUGAGCUUCUUAAAAAUGCUGUGCAAGUCGCUACGGCUGACUCCAAAGCAAUUGGAGAGUUCGUUGUACCAAACGAGCCAACACUUCAUGACGGCUUAUCUGCUCACCACAUCGACACGAUAGUGCCAAAUAUUGAUGAUCAGAAUGAGAGCAGCUUGGAAGUAUUGCUAGACGAAACGCUGAUUACUGAAGGCACUCAAAAUAUCGAGACUAAAACCUCCGAUAUUGAGCUAGAUGAACAUCACGAAGAGCUCGGUGAAGAAUUUGCAACUGCUAAUGCUGAAAAUGGGCAGGAGAACGAUGUGAUAGCACAUCUUGUAGCUGAGCUUCUUAAAAAUGCUGUGCAAGCCGCUACGAUUGACUUCGAAGCAAUUGGAGAGUUUGAAGUACCAAACGAGCAAACACUUAGUGACGGCUCAUCUACUCACCACAUCAACACAAUUGUUACACCCGUACCAAAUAUUGAUGAUCAGCAGAGAGAGCAGGACACUCAACGUCACCACCGACUACAGUUGCAAGAGAAAGAUCGAGAAUUUGUUACACAAACUAGAGAAUUGACCGAGGCCAAUCAGAGUGAGAGCAGCUCGGAAAUGUUGCUAGACGAGACACUGAUCACCCAAGGCACUCAAAAUAUCGACACUGAAUCAUCCGAUCUCGAGCUAGUUGAAGGAGACGUUGUACAAGCACACGGUGAAGAUCUUGAAAAAGAAGUUGGUGAAGAAGUUGCAACUCCUAAUACUGAAAAUGGGCAUGCUACAACUAAUAUCGAUGUUAUAGUACAAUAUUUAGCUGAACUUUUUAUAAGUUCUAUGAAAGUUACUGAAGCAGCUAUGGCUGUCUCUGAAGAGUCCGUAGUAUCAGACAAGCCAACACUCCAUGACGACCACAUCAACACGGUCGUCAACACGGUCGUACCAAAUAUUGAUGAUCAGAAUGAAAGCAGCUUGGAAGUAUUGCUAGACGAAACGCUGAAUACUGAAGGCACUCAAAAUAUGAUCCAAAAUGAAUCAUCCAAUAUUGAACUAGAUGAAGAAGACAUUAUACACCUAAGGCUCACUGCACUUCUUGAUGAUGACGAAGGAAAUGCAACUAUUGUUGAACUUGAGAGUGAGACUCUUGUCGAAUCGUCUGUUCCUCGUGCAGUUGCUCAUACAGACACUACAGAUGUUGACUCUCAAAGUCAUACUACUGACAGUGACUGUGCCAAUUAUGAGCUGGAUGGACAAACUGAAACUCUUCUUGUGUCCGAGGAUGAGGAUUCAACUGAGCCACUGGAACUCAUCACUGAAGACUCCCAGAGUGAUCAAACUGAGUGCUCAGAUUAUGAGCUGGAUGGACAAGAUGAGACUCUUGUUGUGCCCGAGGGUGAGGAUUCAACUGAUUUCUUCACUGAAGACUCCCAGAGUGAUCGAACUGAGUGCUCAGACUAUGAGCUAGAUGGACAAGAUGAGACUCUUAUUGUGCUCGAGGGUGAGGAUUCAACUGAUCCACUGGAAACCGCUCCUACUAACUCUAUUAAUUUCACUGAAGACUCCCAGAGUGAUCAAACUGAGUGCUCAGAGCUGGAUGGACAAGAUGAGACUUUUGUUGUGCCCGAGGGUGAGGAUCCUACUAACUCUACUAAUGAUGAACUCAUCACUGAAGACUCCCAGAAUGAUCGAACUGAGUGCUCAGAUUAUGAGCUGGAUGGACAAGAUGAGACUCUUGUUGUACCCGAGGGUGAGGAUUCAACUGAUUUCUUCACUGAAGACUCCCAGAGUGAUCGAACUGAGUGCUUAGACUAUGAGCUAGAUGAACAAGAUGGGACUCUUGUUGUGCCCGAGGGUGAGGAUUUAACUGAGCCACUGGAAACCGCUUCUACUAAUAAUAAAAUCAUCACUGAAGACUCCCAGAGUGAUCGAACUGAGUGCUCAGAUCAUGAACUGGAUGGACAAGAUGAGACUCUUGUUAUGCCCGAGGGUGAGGAUUCAACUGAUUUCUUCACUGAAGACUCCCAUAGUGAUCGAACUGGGUGCUCAGACUAUGAGCUAGAUGGACAAGAUGAGACUCUUGUUGUGCCCGAGGGUGAGGAUUUAACUGAGCCACUGGAAACCGCUACUAACUCUAAUAAUGAUGAACUCUUCACUGAAGACUCACUGAGUGAUCAAACUGAGUGCUCAGAUUAUGAGCUGCUUGUUAUGCCCGAGAAUGAGGAAUCAAUUGAGCCAGUGGAAAUUAACUCUGCAAGUGAUGAACUCUUCACUGAAGAUGUCCAGAGUGUUUUAAGUGAGUACUCAGAUUGUGAAGAAGAGAAAGAAGGUGGGAAUACCGUAGUACCCGAAAAUGAUAUGGUUGUUGAGGUAAUUGAAACUUCUUCUUCUGACACUACCAAUGACAAAGUAAGCAUUACAGAAAGCAGUUCUUGUGUCGAUACAGACAGUGAACUUUCCGAUUGCAAACUGGAUGAGACUGUUAUUAUGCUCGAUUUGGAAUUGACUGAACCUGAACCUGUGUUAACUUUGUGUUCGGACACUGGUGAUUCUGCUGUAUUAGUGGCUAGCAGUCUAGAAACUACUCCACUCAUUAGCACAGGAAGUCCCGUGUUAGUAGGGGAGGAGCUUGUUACUGGUGCAAGCUUGCUGAGUGUUGAAGAGGCAGUAAAAUACCUCAAUCCUGUUUUUGAGGAAUCAUCUGUAGCCGAGAACCCUGUGCACCAAGACAGUGCUACAGGCAUUCAAGAAUCGUCCAAUGAGAAUGUGAUCGAAGAUACAUCUGUAAGAGCUAUGGAAACCAAUGAUAAGCUCACGGCUGAUACUGCUCAAAACACAGACGAUGAACGUUUUGAUCAUGAACUAGAUGGAGAAGAUGUUAUGCCCGAGGGUGAAAAGGAGUUUAUUAUCUCUCACUCCCCAGCAAGUGCUGACUUGGCUGGCAUUAUAUUGGCAGCUGGUUGUACGGACACUACUGUAGUUAAAGAAUGUGAAACAAUCGAUUAUAGAGGUGGUGAUCACCAAGAGAGUACCGAUGUUGACCCUCAGGAGCCCAACGAAGUUUACCCUACUGUCACCUCGAAUGAGGAGCUGGUGGGGGUUGCAAAUAAACCACUUGUUGAUCGCCAGCCUGUUAAAGCAACGGCUACUAGUAGCCCCAGCAAAUGUGAUGGUACAGCUAGUCUCUUCAAAUCGGCUAUUGGUGACAUAGUAUACCAGAAGAGUGCACAGAGUGUGCAACCUACUCACAGAGCAGAAACUAGUCCUAACAAGGCAACUGCUAAACGACAUUUUAUAUUACCUCAUCUAUUAGAGCAAGAUUUUCCUGAUUCCAAUAUCGAAGAGUCUGAUUCCCACGUCACUCAGAUGACUAGUACCUGUAGUUCUGCUCUUGCUAUUUCUCAGAGCUCAAGUCCUGAUACUUCUUCUGUUUUCAACUCAGCGGCUUCAAUUGACCUUGAAUCUCAAUUCGAUGAACACUGCUGGAUUGAAGAUGAUAAUGCUCUUUCGUUUGCCUCUUCCCAAGAGCAAGUUGACGUCCUGGCCCCACCAGUGUUGUGCAAUCCACCUGCUGUAAUAGAUGAUCGUCAUGGGAGCGUAUUAGUGGUGAGCAAGAGACCAAAUAGUCAACAGGAAAGAAAGAAGCAAUUCAGAAGCGAGAAAGGGGAAAGUUCAAGCAGUCGAAUGGAAAAGAGCAAACAAAGUGAGAGAAGCCAGAGCAAGAAGCAGGAAGGCAAGCCUCGGUGGUAUUCACCUAGUAUGUCGCAAUGGGAAACACUGGAUAUGUUGCCACAUCAACAAGAGGACACUGCGUGUAAGACUGAAGUAACUGCACCAUCUGAAGCCUGUUCUCAAACCAAGAAAGAACAGAGAAAAACGACAUCUGCUAGAGUAGCUAUGGAUGGCAAGAAAUCGAAGAAACCAGACAACCAACCAGUUGUGGUGGACCCUACCGGUGUGGGCACAAUACCACAUUUCGUUUCCUUUGCUGAGAAUGCAGUGCUGUCUUCUAUUGACGGCGUGAAAACAUUCCAUGCUAUUUGUUAUACGUACAAGAGGAAGUAUCGAUUGCAUCGUCAUCGUAAUGUCAGGUUUGAAAUUGAGGAUAUUGUUGGGAAAUCAGAAGCGUUCUCAGUUGUUUUAAGGAAAGACAGGAACCCAAGCCUAGUUCAAGUUGACUGCAAUGUUGAUAUAGUUCCUGCUAAAUCUAAGCGGGCUGAGCAGGAUAGAUACCGUGGCAGAGGGCGGGGUGGAAAGAGGUGUGGUUCCAGGCAGGAGAAGAGGCACAAGUCUUGAAAUUUCUGAUCUUAAUUAAACUUAAUUGUUCAUCAUUCCCAUUAUUUAGCCAAUUGCCACUCAGGGCCUUCAUUUAUUUACACUAAUCCAUUUAUCUGUAUCAUCGAUCAACCCCUCAUAUAUCACUUGUUGUUAUGUUUCAUUUUCAUCUUGUUUAUAAUAUAUUAUAUCCUAAUCUAUUAUCAUA